AUGGCACGUAAGGUUAGUCCGGAUUGGGCUGCCCAAGCCCUAGCUGAAGCUGGGUACAACGACUCAGGCUUCCUGCGUGAUAUUCUAUUAAGCGAGUUCGAGCACAAAUCGCCAGCUGCCGUCCGUCAAGAAGCCAAGGUGAGAUCAGAAGCGAUAUUCAGCAGCUAUGAUACACUCCACGAGAUCAUGAUUCGUCAUGAAGCUACAAUUAGGAAGCGGUGGGGAAAGAAAAUACGGCCCCAAAGGCUCAAGAUACUGUUGAAUGCCUGGCCGGGCAUGCCCGUAAUGCAUCGUCCAGAUUUCGAUGCAAUCCGAAAGUGUUCCGCGCGAGGGCAAUACCUAAAGGCCGAUCCUCAAUAUAGGUCAGAGUUCAUAUGGCCGUACAUCAACCAAGAAGAUCUUGUACAACCCAAAACGCUGCUAUUGCUGCUUAAUGCACGAGGUCGUCAUCCCCCAUUUGAGUUCUCCGGUACGGAUGGGGCUGCCAUGCACCUGGGUCACGUCACAAAGGCUAUCAUACCCAUCUUCUUAAGCAAGCAUGUCAUGAUCAUAGACGGAGCCACCAACGCUACAGACUAUGGCAGAUUAAUUUCAUGGGAGGACCAUCCGCACGCUUUUGUCUGGAUGAUGACCCGGAAGCAGUAUUUACCAGGAGAAGGUCUUCUUGUCUUGGAAGCACAGGAAAGGCUUUUGAAAUUUCUAGUAGAUUGCUGCAAGCAGAUUCUGCAUGAUGUUCCAGAGGACACCCUAACAACUGAUGCCUUCCCUGUUCAACCCGAGCCAGCAAUUCAUGUCGAAGGCGAGUCGAGCGGUCUUGGAUCCCUUGCUUUACUGGCGGCAGAAGCUCCGUAUCGAGUCCCCACGCAUCUCGACCUAGGCCGAAUUGUAUCUCUCCUCGGCGCCAGAGAAUCUGCCGCCGAAGAUCAUCUUUGGGCCUUGCGAGAAGACCCGAGCUACUUCGCUGAGCAGCUUGAGGACGCGAAGGAGCAUCGAUCAGAAAUGUUGAAAGAUAUUAAUGGGGAUAUACACCCUACCCUUAGACCUGGCCACGAAACCACAUUCUGGGCUCGCCUCAUCGGUCAAGUAGUCGCCUCCGCCUACGCCCAACUGGAAGCCUUCUCGGAGCUUCGCCGGCAAGCCAAGAACCUACAAGAAUUACAGCAGAAGCAUCGCUCCAACAUAGAUCCUACUAAGGAUUUGCCUCAAGAAUAUCGAUUAGCCAUUCUAAAGUUCCGCCAUUACGCAGACAAGCUAGCUCAAGGCCAUUUGGCUGUACUCAGGGAUGAAGUUCCUGCAUCCCCACCGCUUCGCUCCCGCUAUGUGCGAUGCCAACCUUGGAACAGCACAUCAUCCGAGAUGGACAUCCGACUAAGACGAAUCGUUAAAGGCAGCACCGUUGAGCUGGAAACGAAUUGGCUGCUGUCAACCUUGAUGGUCGACGGGUUCUCCCUAUUCCUAAUCAGCAUGCCCUUGAUCCUAGACGAACUCGAGAGGUUGCUGCAAGCGGAGAAGAGUGCAUCAGACCUGUUAUCCGCCCGCGUCGCUGGAACAAUUGGAGAUCUAUCUAUACUAUCCCAGUGCAUUAACCAGAUCGACCUGUACCUCCCAUGGGCGCGAACCUUCGAGCACGUCACACUAGAUCAACAAAACAGCAUCGACAAGGAUUACACGGAAACCUUCGCACCAUGGCAAGAAAUAUCGGCUGCUCUUCAAGCCGAUGACCUUCAAGAGGUGGCAACGCUAGCUAACCCUCUGCGCAAGAAGUUCUUCUACCCGGUAGAGAAGCGCCGGACUAAGGAAAACGUGGAAACGCUUCGACUGGCUGAACGCAAUCUAGACGACGUAUGGGACAGGCUCGAUCGCCUGAUGCACGCCAAGUGUGGAAAGAUGGACAGAACCGCGGCACGGCAGCUUCUAUCGCAGCCUCGCAUCUUGCAACGCACGCCUCCUUGGACUGCGAAAGCUCCCGUGGCAACUAAACAACAGGAGCAGAAGCUGGAUGAUCUGGAUACUUUGUACCGACCUUUAUCAACGCUCUAUUUCGGGCUCCACCCCCAGGAAUCGAAAGACGCACAAGACAUCCAGAGAACCAAGCAGAAGACCAGAGGAGUACCGCAGCAGGCCCAGCCCCCGACAAGCCCAUCGUCACCUCUCGACACCGAGCUCGCGAACACAGAACCCCAGCCCGCCCCUAUCACCGUCGACUCCAAGUCCUUCAAGGUCUUCCGCACCCUCUUCUUCAACCCCGAGUCGACCUCCACGCCGGGCGAGAUCGCCUGGGCCGACUUCCUGCACGCCAUGACAUCGACGGGCUUGUUCUCGGCGGACAAGCUGUACGGCUCGGUGUGGCAGUUCGAGAGAUCGGAUGGGCUGGGCCUGGGGAGGAUCCAGUUCCACGAGCCGCAUCCGCGGGGCAAGAUCCCGUUCACGAUCGCGAGGAGGUACGGGAGGAGAUUGAAUCGCGCGUUUGGGUGGAGUGGGGAGACGUUUAGGGUGAGGAGGAGGGGGUAG